AUAUACUAAUACGUAAAUGAUGCCCUAUGAAGGUGAUCAGUUGGCAAUUGCAAAGGAGACAGGCCGACGACUUGGUAUGGGAACAAACAUGUACCCCUCUUCUUCAUUAUUGGGCCGUAACAAAGAUGAACACGAAGCUCUUCCAGUGGAUGAGCUCAUUGAAAAGGCAGAUGGCUUUGCUGGUGUAUUUCCUGAACAUAAGUACGAAAUUGUGAAAAUUUUACAAGAAAAAAAGCAUGUGGUUGGAAUGACUGGAGAUGGCGUGAAUGAUGCACCUGCUCUAAAGAAAGCAGAUAUUGGAAUAGCAGUGGCAGAUGCUACAGAUGCUGCAAGAAGUGCUUCUGAUAUAGUACUAACUGAACCUGGCUUAAGUGUGAUUGUCAGUGCUGUGUUAACUAGCAGAGCUAUAUUCCAAAGAAUGAAGAAUUAUACAGUUAAGUCUAUAAUGGGUUCAAACGGCAAAGAAUUGAAAUACUGGGAAGUUAUGACUGGUGCCCCUAUGUUGCCUUCCAACCAACUUUGGACUAUAAGAAUGUUCGACUCCCAUACAAGUGUUACCUCUUAUGUUCUAGUGGACAUGGGAUUCCUAUUGGACACCACUUUUUUUGAGACUCACUUCCACGUAAGGUCCUUAUCCAGCAACACUGAGGAAGUUUCAUCAGCUGUAUAUUUGCAAGUUAGCAUCAUCAGCCAGGCUCUCAUAUUUGUUACACGCAGUCAGGGGUGGUCAUUUCUAGAGAGGCCAGGAACUCUCUUGAUGAUUGCUUUUGUGGUGGCACAAUUGGUGGCCACUGUAAUUGCUGUCUAUGCAAAUAUAAGCUUUGCUUCCAUUAGUGGCAUUGGAUGGGGAUGGGCAGGUGUUAUAUGGUUAUAUAGUUUGAUCUUCUACAUACCACUGGAUAUAAUUAAGUUCAUAGUGCGCUACGCAUUGAGUGGAGAAGCAUUACAUCUUGUGUUCGAUAGAAAGGUUAGUGGCGUGUUCAUUGCUCCAUAG